AUGUCUUCCACCAACGGCGACACCUCGCCACCCAACUUCAUCAACCAGUCUCCCCUCCCCUGUAUCAUCGACAAUGCCCCCUUCGCCCCUGCCAACACCUACGCCGUUUAUCGCACCGAUCAGCCCUCCUCCGCGCCUCGCGAUGUGACGCACAAAGUGCACAGCAUCUCCGCCGCGGACGUCUCCCGCGUCGUCGAGUCCUCACACGCCGCCUUCCCCGGUUGGAAGGCAACCCCUGUCGCACGUCGACGCGAAAUCCUCCUCAAAGCAUGCGCCCUCCUCAACGAGCGUAUUCCCGAGUACGCCGCCAACACCAUGGCCGAGACCGUGCUCUCUCGCGGAAUGGCAGGCUUCGAGCUCGCCGUCCUCGCCACGGGCCACCUCCAGUCGGCUGCCGAAAGCAUGACCCACGCUCUAAAGAGCGAGGUUCUGCCUCCCGGGGCAGACGGCGCCAUGAAGAUUGUCAAGCGCGAGCCCUUCGGCGUCGUGCUGGGUAUCGCACCUUGGAAUGCGCCCUUUAUUCUCGGGCUGAGGUCGGUGCUGUACGCGAUCGCAGCGGGAAACACCGCCAUUCUCAAGACGUCUGAGUUUGCCCCGCGUGUGCAUCUCAGCGUGGCACAGAUUCUUAUCGACGCCGGACUUCCCAAGGGCGUGCUCAACGUCGUACACGUCGACCCACAACACGCUCCCGAAGUCACCGAAGCGCUCAUCGCCCACCCCCGCGUUCGCAAGCUCAACUUCACCGGCUCCACCCGCGUUGGACGCAUCAUUGCCGCCACCGCCGCCAAGUAUCUCAAACCCGUUGUACUCGAGCUUGGCGGCAAGGCACCGCUGAUCGUGCUCGAAGACGCCGACCUGGACCUGGCCGCCAACGGCAUCCUGUUUGGAGGCUACUUGAACAGCAACCAGAUCUGCAUGGCGGUGAACAAUGUGCUCGUGCACGCCAAUGUUGCGGACAAGCUCACACAGACGUUGCAGACGCUGUUUAGCCAACACCGCGAGGUGUUUACAGCUAAGUUGGCGCAGGGGAUGGAGGACAGGCAUGCGCUGCGCUCGCUGUUCACUGCAGCCUCGGCGGACCGCUUGCAGGUGCUGUACAAGGAUGCGACUUCCAAGGGCGCAAAGGUGGUUGUGGGAGAGGCAGGGUUCGAUGGCGCGCUCGUGCAGCCCAUCAUCCUCUCCCCCGUCGACAAGAGCAUGAAGAUCUACACAGAAGAAACCUUCGGCCCCGUCCUGUCGAUCAUCACCUUCACCUCGCCCGCCGAGGCUGUCGAGAUCGCCAACACGCCCGACUACGGCCUGGCCGCCAGCAUCUACACGCGCGACCAAGUCCUGGGUCUGGAGCUCGCCGACCAGAUCGAAUCUGGCCAGGUCCACAUCAACAGCCAGAGCGUCCACGACGACCCCUCCAUGCCCCACGGCGGCUGGAAACACAGCGGCUACGGCAGGUUCAACGGUGUUGAGGGCGUCAGAGAAUUUACUCAGACCAAGGGCAUUACUUGUCAGAAGGGCGCCCCUACGCCGUUCCACUACGUUUGA